CCUUUAAGCUUGUUGCUCUCAAGCAAAACAAAGUGGUCCGCAGAUCAGCUCUUCUACUCAUUCUGAAAGUGCAAGGUGUCACCAGUAGAAGAAGAAAGAAAGGUGGCCAGCGGGGAGAAAGAGCGCUCGGACAUGGCUGUGCGUGUCAUACGUGGGAUGGAGGAUCUGGUGGCAUCGGGUAGCCAGCUUGUCUGGAGCCUGGCGCAUCAGACACUGAGGAGCUGGUACAAUCGUGGGCUGAUGCCAUGCAGACGCUUCCUAGAAGCCUGGUUCAGGAUUGGGAAAUGCUACCAGAUGACAGAGGGCCGCCUGUGCCAAGUUCACCUCCUUGAUGACCGCAAGCUGGAGCUGCUGGUUCAGCCCAAGCUUUUGUCCCGUGAACUGCUAGAUCUGGUAGCGUCACAUUUUAACCUGAAGGAGAAAGAGUACUUUGGAUUGUGCUUCAUAGAUGACACUGGCCAGAGUAACUGGCUCCAGCUAGAUCGUAAAGUCCUCGAUCAUUACUUCUCCAAGACUUCAGGGCCUUUGGAGCUCAAGUUCCUUGUGAGGUUUUACAUUGAGAAGAUCACCCUCUUGAAAGAGAACACAACAGUGGAGCUGUUCUUCCUAAAUGCUAAAUCUCUAGUGUUUAAUGAGACCAUUGAAGUGGAGAGUGAAAAUGUGUUCAAGUUAGCCGCGUUCGCAUUGCAGGAGGCCAAAGGAGAUUACAGCAGUGCUGAAACUGCUACAUCAGACCUGAAACAGCUACCAGUCCUGCCCACCAGAGUAUUAAGGGAACACCCGUCUCUCAAUUACUGUGAGGAAAAAGUGAUUGAACAUUACAAGAAGCUGAUAGGACUGACCAGAGGGCAAGCCAUUGUUCAGUAUCUGGCCCUGGUGGAGUCCCUGCCAACAUAUGGGGUCCAUUAUUACCCAGUGAAGGACAAGCAAGGAAUACCGUGGUGGCUGGGAGUCAGCUAUAAAGGCAUUGGCCAGUACGAUUGGCAGGAUAAGCUGAAACCUCGACAGUUGUUUCAGUGGAAGCAGUUGGAGAAUUUGUAUUUCCGUGAGAAGAAGUUUUCAGUGGAAGUGAACGAUCCACACAGAAGAACAGUGACCAAGCGAACCUUUGGACAGUCUGGCCUGGUUAUUCACACGUGGUAUGCCAGCCAUUCACUGAUUAAAACCAUCUGGGUGAUGGCCAUCAGUCAGCACCAGUUCUACCUGGACAUGAAGCAAAGCAAAUCAAAGAUGACCACUACCAGGAGUUCAGGAGACAUCGCAGUAGACCUCACUGAGAUCUCCGCCCCCCGGAUCACUAAACUUUCCAGUAUUGAGAGCAAAAAUCACCUAAUAAUGGCCAGCAAUGGAAGCCUCAUCUCAACUGGUUCUGCUGACUCUGAAGUCAGCGAGGAACAGAAGAAAGAGAAGAUCACUGAAUUAAAAAAGAAGGAAAAGGAACUUCAAGACAAACUGUCAGCGAAACUUGAAGAACUGAAAAAGAUCUGUUUAAGAGAAGCUGAGCUUACAGGAAGAUUGCCUAAGGAAUAUCCCCUGGCCACAGGUGAGAAGGUUCCUCAAGUGCGACGGCGUGUUGGGACAGCCUUCAAACUGGAUGAUCUUUUCCCCUAUGAUGAGGAUCCACAUCUGAGGAAUCUGGAGAGUCGGUUUGCCUUGCAGCAAAAGAUUGUGGAAGCAGCCAUGAAGCUAGCCAAUGAGGCUGACCUGUGCAAGACUGUGAAAAGGAAGAGGAAACACAACUAUCUUGACGCUAUGAGAAACCUGGAAGAGAUUGAGAAGCAGAUCAACGACUACAGGGUCAAAAAAGGACAGAAACCCACUCAGAGAGCCUCACUGAUCUUACGAGAUGAUCCCCAACCUUCAGAACUCAGCUCGCUAUCUGACAGCCUCACUCUGGAUGAUGAUGAUGAGCUUGGCUCCCAGAGGCAGCGGUCUCGUUCAGUCCAAUACUCCCCCAGACCACACCACGCAGACACUCUGGAUGCUCAUUACAACAAAGACAGACGAGCUUCUACCAAUGACCAGCUCGCAGACAGCAGAUUACAUUAUGACCAAGACCAGGAAGCACACCAUUACAGUCACAAUGACACCUUAUCAGUCUACAGCAGCCCAUGUAAAGCAGCUUCCAGGCAGCCACGUGAUGCCCGAAGCAUGCCACCCACUCCCCUCCUCACCCGCAACGCAUACAGCAGCACACAGCUGAGAUCAGAGGAUUCUCCACAACACUUCCGCCAGCGUAGCGGGAGUCUGGAGUCACAGUCUCAGCUCAUGAUCGAGACCAAACCAACCAUGCCAACACUGACUGUCCCGUCAGCUCGACGCAGCAACAGCACCGAAAUGCUCGAUGACGGUUCCUCCUACACAAGCCAGUCUAGUGUGGAAUACAGCGUCCCUGGUAACCACACCCACGGGCGCAGAGUGCGCGGGCGCCACAGAAAAGACAUGUACGCCAACACGGGCAGCAUGCCCAACCUGGCUCAGCCAGACACUCGGUGCUAUGCCUACCAGCCUCGGGCUCGGCCCACCACAACAGCCUACUAUGUCACAGGCUAUCCCAACUACCCAGAACCGGAGCCUUACUCCAAUGGAGCCUAUGUUUACGACAAUGAAAUGGAGGGACACUAUAAUGUUAACCCUUCCUACCACCACAGCCAAACAGCUUAUCAAAGCCCCAGUGUGUAUGGUCAGUACGGUAACGACGAGAUAGACGGUGCAUCGCAGAACGUGUACGCCACUAUACGGCCAUCCAGGCAGCGUCCAGUACCUCGAAGCAACGAACAGAUCAACAAGAACAUCCAGAAGGCCCUGGUGGCUGAACACUUGAGAGGCUGGUACAAACGCAACACUGCACAAAAACAGGCUGCGUACGACUAUGAGUAUGACAGAGGCUCCCAGCAGAGUCUGGGCUAUCCAACCACGCAUGCACCACAAGCCUACAGCAGCAGGAACUUUUCCUACUCGUCAGUGGCCUCCAGUGGAAACUGGCACAGUCACAUGACCGGCAGUGCUAUGCUGGAAUAUGACAUGCCCGUGCAUGCACCGCAGUCUUACUCUUACAGCACAGCCUCCUACGCCCACUCCACCCACAGCAGAUAUGGCGACUCCUGGCACAGCCCUGAUGGCCAAAGGCGCUGUGCCUUUAUCCCUGCUAGUUCUUCCUCCUCUGGUUAUCCUUCCACUUCCUCCCUGCCCUCUUCUUCCUUUCCCUCCUCCUCCCCCUCCUCCUACUACUCCCCUGGCUGUCGGGUCAGGCAGGUGGCCUCCAGCCCUGCGCAGCCACAAUCCUCCAGAGGGCACAGGCUCAGUAAGAUCCUAUAUAGAUGUCAGCCAAAUGGACUCCCACAUCAACAGCCAAAUGCACACUAACAUGGACCCCGAAGAACAGCUUUACUGGCAUGAAGACUCAAAACCAGGAACAAUAGUUUAGCCGGAUACCUUACAACUGUGCAAAAUCUUCACCUUGACAAAACGUCACUGUGCCUUAAACUGCACUUACCUGUUUUGUAAUUUCCUUGUAAAAGGAACCCAAAGAAUGAAGGAAUUUAACUUCUGUGGAACUCAGCACGUUAAAUGAAGUAUUCUCAUUUCUGUAUCUCUUGAACGCAGUUGCCAAACUGAUGCCCAUCCCUGUAUUUUAAAUCACAACAAGAACCCCAUUGGGGUGUCUAAUCAUGGGGUUGCGAGUGUUUGUAGUGAUGGGACCUGUGCACUGAAACUAUACCAAGCCCUGCAGUGGACUGAAUGGUAUAGCAAAGGGUAUAGCAUUACUCUUUAGAGAUACUGAACCAAGGACUAAAACUGUCUCUAAGAGGAUACCGAGCGGCAAUGAACAAAGAACAUGACUGAUCCUGUUGUGCUACUUGCACACACAUAUGAACACUGUAACCAUGAAGGAUUAGACACGGAUUUAUAAGGUCAUUAAUGAAGCACUGAACUCGUUAAAUAGGAGUCGAGAGAAAAGGCUACUUCCUGGAACAUUCUGCAGUCACCUGAUCCACGUUUCUAUUACAACAUCUGUUACCGUUCCGGUCUCUACACUCGUUUGUCAUUUACAAAGUAUUCAGUUUGCUUCACUGUCAGUACUUACACCAUAAUUAAGCCAAAUGCUUAUUUGUUGCACCACUUAAGUAUUACCUGAGUCACCAGUUUCGAAUAUUACUGCCUCUGUGGGAAGACAGAAAAUCCAGUUUUGUUUUGUUUUGAACAUGGUUAUUUCAUCCAUGCUGGAAAUCAUGGACUGGUGCUCCGAAUUUCUCUCAAGAGAUUAAAACUGUGUAAAUGUUGGUAUGUAAAUACACUGGCUUAGUCUUUUUUUAUUAUUUUAGAGCAUUUUUAUGUAUUUGAAAAGCAUGUAAUAUAUAGUAAACAAUUAUUGUUAAGCUGGUUCUUAGUAAUUUGUAUAAUUGCAAUGGUUUGGAUUAAAAAAAUUG